GUCAAUUGCAGAAAUAUGGUGUGAUUAGCCACUAGCUAAAUUAGCUAAUGCUAGUUAUCGUUACCUAGUUUCUUUCUCCCUUUUCUGUUUAAACGUGAAUAUAAAGAAGCCCAAUUGAUGACAUUUAGCUACGAACAAGGCUUUCAAAAAUGUAGUUCUUUGCCUUGAACUGCCUGAAAGUUAGUCGAGCUGAAACGGAAGGUUGCUCAUCUGAUCUUCCAUCAAAUCUAGCAUCAACUGUGAGUUUUAAGAUUACACUGAAGAGAUGACAUAAUCAGGAUAUCUUUCAAAAGUGCUGGGAUCUAUGUGAAAUGUUGUUAUUUUCUAACAACAUGCCAGACAGAAUUGCAAUUCAAAACCUGGCUAAUUAUCUGGUUUUACGGGUUUAAAACAGCAGUUUCAGGAUACUAGUGACUUAGCUAACUUGCAUAACAUUUUGGCUAACUUUCUAACCUUGCAUUUGUUGUUAGAAGACGAGCAAUACAAAACGCAUUCCAAUGUAAGUGUUUAUAUCAUUGUUGUGCUUGUUGGACAGGUCUCCAACCUCCCAGCCUGUGGCUGUGGUAUCAGGACUUCAGGCUAAGAUGGAUCCAGAAUAUGAACAUCGCCUCCUCCGACAAAUCAACAUUCAAAGUGACAACUUGAGCCCUGUUAAACGGACACCGAGUCAGACACCCACCGGCUCCCCGUUAUCUUCACCCAGUAAGCUUGGAGACAGAUUCAUUCCAACCAGAGCCGGGGCAAACUGGAGUAUCAACUUCCACCGGAUUAAUGAAAAUGAGAAGUCACCAAGUCAGAACAGAAAAACAAAGGAUGCCUCCACUGAUAACCUUAAAGCAGACGGGCAGGCGUACUCUGCUCUGCUGAAGAAUGAGCUGCUGGGAGCAGGAAUCGAAAAGAUCCAGGACCCUCAGACAGAGGACAGGCGUCUACAGCCAUCAACCCCAGAAGAGAGAAGUCUCUUCACUUAUUCGCUCAAUGCCAAGAGGCCGUCACCAGACGAUGGCACCAACAUCUCGCCCUACUCUCUAUCACCUGUCAGCAAUAAAAGUCAGAAAUUGCUACGUUCACCAAGAAAGCCAACUCGCAAGAUCUCAAAGAUCCCUUUUAAAGUCCUGGAUGCUCCAGAGCUGCAGGAUGACUUUUACCUCAACCUGGUGGACUGGUCAUCUCUCAAUGUGCUCAGUGUUGGACUGGGUACAUGUGUUUACCUAUGGAGUGCCUGUACCAGCCAGGUAACAAGAUUGUGUGAUUUAUCAGUGGAGGGAGACUCAGUCACGUCAGUUGGGUGGUCCGAAAGGGGUAACCUGGUGGCAGUGGGGACUCACAAAGGCUAUGUUCAGAUCUGGGACGCUGGUGCUGGGAAGAAGCUCUUUGCCCUGGAAGGACACACAGCUAGAGUUGGAGCGUUGGCGUGGAAUGCAGACCAGUUGUCUUCGGGAAGCCGUGAUCGUAUGAUUCUUCAAAGAGAUGUGCGGACUCCUCCACUCCAGUCAGAGAGACGGCUGCAGGGACACAGACAGGAAGUGUGUGGCUUAAAGUGGAGCACUGACCAUCAGCUGCUUGCUUCUGGUGGCAACGACAACAAGCUGCUGGUUUGGAACCACUCCUCGCUGAUCCCAGUGCAAACAUACAUGGAUCACCUGGCUGCAGUGAAAGCCAUUGCCUGGUCCCCCCACCAGCACGGCCUGCUGGCCUCUGGGGGCGGCACUGCUGACCGCUGCAUCCGAUUUUGGAACACCCUGACCUCACAGCCGCUGCAGUGUAUGGACACCGGCUCUCAGGUCUGCAACCUGGCCUGGUCCAAACAUGCUAAUGAGCUAGUGAGCACCCAUGGCUACUCCCAGAACCAGAUCUUGGUGUGGAAAUAUCCAGCUCUCACUCAGGUUGCCAAACUCACAGGACACUCGUACAGAGUGCUCUACCUGGCAAUGUCCCCGGAUGGUGAGGCCAUUGUUACGGGAGCUGGAGAUGAGACUCUACGCUUCUGGAACGUAUUCAGUAAAACACGGUCAACUAAGGAAUCUGUAUCAGUUUUAAAUCUCUUCACCAGGAUACGGUAACUUAAAGCAAAUUAAAACUCUAAAACAAGCACCUUGUGACAUUUUUUCACAGAGGAAAACGUCAAGGAGACCAACUGAGCACUUUUCUUUUCAUGCCAACAAUUGUUUGGGCAAUUGUUUUUGACUUUUGUGCUCUAAUUAUGAAUGUAGUCAUUUUUAUACAAAAAUGUAUAAUGGGUUUAGUUCCAUUUUUUGUAUUAAUUACAAGAAUUUAUUGGCAUUACUUCAAAUAUUUUGUGUUGUGGAAUCUGAAAUGUGCAUAGAGCAUUUUUAGUUUUUGUUAAACUCAGGUCUUAUUUAUUUAAAGCUGCAAUGAAAGCUAUCGUAGUGAGCUACAAUGGGAAAAAAAAAAUGCCAUUACAUAUAAUGACAAACAUACAACAUAAACCCCUUAACAUAUUCACCUAGUAUGGCCUUUACAAUAUGUACACCAUGUUUACUGUGAUCCUUGGAGUACUAAGGUUGACUGGUAUAAUGCAGUUUUGCCCCUGUGGACCGAAAGUCUUAUGCUGCGCAUCUAGACAUGUACUACUUAGUUAUUUCUUUUUAGUACAGGAAGAAAUAAAAGAUGAUGGAACUGAA